AUGCACUUGUUUUCUCGAAGUUUCCUCCAGACUGUAACGUCCACUGUCACUGAAGUGAACGGCGGACCGUGUUGGAGGCACUUUCCCCGGACUUUUACCACAGCUUCUUCAAGCUCGGAUAGAAACGUGGUCACUGUUGCUCAGCUCAAAUCCAUGUUGGCCAAAAAGGACGUUCAGCUAUUUGACGUGAGAAGACCUGAUGAGUACCAGGCCGGACACAUCCCCAGUGCUGUGAGCUUGCCAUUGGAUGACCUGGAGGUGUCACUGAAGCUGUCGUCUGAAGACUUUGAACAGAAGUUUCAAGUGAAGACUCCCGCUAAAGAAGAUGACAAUAUAGUGUUUAACUGUAAAAGUGGAAGGAGGAGUGGCCAGGCCCUGGACAUCGCCCAUCGGCUUGGAUUCAUAAAGGCAAGGCAUCUUCAGGGUGGCUACAGUGGAUGGGAAGAGGCAAAGGGGAAAUCCUCCUCCAGUUAG